AUGAUAGGGUUAAUUUUUACCAAUCAUGUCUAUACCCAUUCAAAUCUAUGGUCAUUAUAUCUAACUAUUUUAAUUCCACAACUAAUCAUUUUCUUAGCAAUUUACUCACUUUUCUUCCUAACAUUUUAUCCAGUUCAAUCAGUGUUGUACACAUCAUUUAUGGGACCAUUUGGAAUUUUUAUUGCUUGGUAUUCAUUAUACCUGCAAUCAUCAAAUAUUUCACAAUUUAUAGUCACAAUCGUUUUAAUUCCUUAUAUUCAGAAAAUUGUGUUUGACGCUAUUUUGUCAAAGGAAUGUAAAAACGAAAAUUUCUUAAAAUUUAUUAGUAUGAAUAGAAGUGCCAAAUCUUUAACUAGAGGUGAAAACAUUUUGAGAUUAUAUAUGAGAAAAAUACAAAGGUAUGUCUAUGAAGUUAAAUAUUUCUCAAUCUUACCAUUCUCAAUCACAAAGAUUUUGAUUUUAUUUUUUGUAAAUUUUAUACCUGUUGUUGGACCAUUUUUUGUUUUGAUUGUUAAAGUCAAUUCAAAAUCAAUUCAAGUUCAUAGAAGAUAUUUUAUCUUAAAAGGAUUUGAUGUAAUUGAAAUUGAGAAUUUUUACAGAUUGAAUAAGAAUUCAUAUUUAACUUUUGCAAUAUUUGCAUUAUUAUUAGAAAUGAUUCCAUGUGUUAAUGUUUUAUUGUUGUUUACAAAUACAAUUGGUGCUGCUUUGUGGGCUGUUGAUUUAGAAAAUUUAGAAAUCAAAAAUGCUAAACCAAUUGAAAUUACAGCAGAAAAUACUAAUGCUGAUGAAAAUGUUGAUCAAAUGCAAGCUCAUUCAAAUGAGCUAAAGCAACGUCCUGGAUCAAUUUUUGAAGAAUUUGACUAA